GUCGUCAUCACGCAUGGUGACGUCGAGCGCCUCCGUCCAAUCAGAGCGCGCCUCCGCAGCCCAGGAACGAGGCGGAUGAUAUGGCAGCUUUGUGAGCGGCCAGGUGGAACCCAGCGCUCAUUAAUCCGCGAAGCUUCAGGUCGAUUUGACGAGGCUGACAGCCGAUAAAAGAUGAUCUAUUUAAUACUGAUUUCCGCGUUUUCCGGCGCCGUGCUGACGCUGCUGCUGCAACUGGCGCUGCUUUACCGGAGGAGCCCGGAGCCCGUGAGCAGAGCCGAGCAGUACGGUCGAGCCGUGGCCGAUUCAGCGCUGAGGGACUACUUCCAGCACCAGCACCAGCAGCAGACGAGCGAACAGGGCCAGAACCAACAGGAAGCCUCGCCGUCAUCCAGGCAGCAUGAGGGAAACGUCUCAAAACAGCCUCAGUCCCAGCCUCAAUCCCAGUCCCACUCCCAAUCUCAGUCAUCUCAAUCCCUAUCCAAUUCCCAAUCCCAAUCCCAGGGCGAGACUGGAGUAGAAACCUGCGGCUUCCUCAAUGCAAUCUUCUUAUUUCUGUUCCGGGAGCUCCGGGACACCCCAGUGGUGCGCCACUGGAUCACCAAGAAGAUUCGGGUGGAGUUUGAGGAGCUCCUGCAGACCAAGACUGCUGGACGUCUCCUGGAAGGACUCAGCCUCCGUGAGAUUUCCCUGGGCAACUCUGUGCCCGUCUUCAAGACUGCCCGGCUAUUGAAGCCCGUGGCCACCAAUGAGGAUGGUGUUCCGGAGGAGCUGAGCUUCGAGGUGGACCUGGAGUACAACGGCGGCUUCCACCUGGCCAUCGACGUGGACCUGGUGUUCGGCAAGUCCGCCUACCUGUUCGUGAAGAUGACCCGGGUGGCCGGGCGCCUCAGGCUGCAGUUCACCCGCAUGCCCUUCACUCACUGGUCCUUCUCUUUCCUGGAGGACCCCCUCAUCGACUUUGAGGUCAAGUCGCAGUUCGAGGGCCGGCCCCUGCCCCAGCUCACGUCCAUCAUUGUCAACCAGCUCAAGAGGGUCAUCAAGAAGAAGCACACGCUGCCCAACUACAAGAUCAGGUACAAGCCCUUCUUCCCAUUCCAAGUGCAGCCUCCGCUGGCCUCAUCAUGUGACUCGGAUUUAUCGGUCCAGGAUUCACGGCUGGUAGAGGGACGUCUCCGUGUCACGCUUGUUGAAUGUAGCAGGUUGUUUAUAUUGGGAUCGUAUGAUAGAGAGAUGUAUGUUCACUGCACCUUUGAGCUCAGUAGCCACGAAUGGAGGGAAAAGCCUCGCAGCUCCAUCAAAACGACUGAAAUUAUCAAAGGUCCGAAUGGUAGUGUGGGAAUGACGUUCCGGCAUGUUCCAGCCACUGAAGGUGAUGUGGUGCAUGUAAGCAUCGAGACAGUUACCCCCAACUCCCCUGCUGCUCAGGCUGACCUGCAGAAGGGAGAUCGCCUAAUUGCUAUUGGAGGAGUCAAAGUAACUUCCUCUGUCCAAGUGCCGAAGCUCUUGAAACAAGCUGGAGAUCGAGUGAUUGUCUUGUACGAGAGGCCAGUCAGACAUCAGGUGCCUGCCAUGGGCUUGGGGUCUCUUCAGGAGAGCUUGCCCCCACUAGAGGAGCCUGGAUACCCCACUGCUGGGGGUUACGAGGAGGACCCAGCCCACAUUACCACCAUGGACAUAACUGAUGGCAAAGACAAUGACUCAGAGUUUGAGGAACUGAUAGUAGAAGCCAAACCAGCUGGAGCUCCAGUCAAUGCAGAGGCUAAAGAGGAUUCCCUGCUCUAUGUAAACCAAAGCCCUAAAAAAACUGUAGCCAACUUGGCCUCAAAGCCCCUGGGCACCAUCUCUCCAAUCCUCAACCGUAAACUUAACCUAUCUGGCCUUCAAUCCCCACUCAAACCCCAACCUAAAGAAUCACCAAAGCCCUCACCUCACAAGAGUGUGGAACCAUCUGAACCACCCCAGAGACCAACAGUGCCCCCUCCUCCUCCACCUGCUCGUCCCCCUGUUCCUCCUAGGCCCCAUAUAAAAGUGACAUCAGCUUCUUCUGAAUCCCAGAAUUCAUUAGAAGGUGGUGAUUCAGCAGUGGAGAAAUCCCCAGAAAAAAAUCCUCCUUCUGCAGGCAACGGAGACAAAUCUGCAUCUGAGAAAAUGCCUGUAAAAGCUCCUGAGCCAAAGCCUGUAAACAAGCCUCCAGAGUCUUCAGAGGAACCCCUGCCAACCCCUAUCACCAGUAAGCAAGAUUCGGCCAAAGACAAGAUAAUUGAAAGCUCAUCUGUCACGAAAGACAGUCUGGAUGAGCAGGGUCUCUGGGAGUCUUCUGAAAUAAUGUUCCGCAACAGAUAUGCUCGCUGGAGCAAGUCCUCUGUAGUGUUUGAUGUGGAAAGCAACCAUAAAUACCUUAAUGUAGCACUCUGGUGCAAGGAUCCCUUUAAGUUAGGUAGUCUCCUCUGCUUAGGACAUGUUAGCUUGCAUUUGGAGCAUAUAGCCCUUGAAUGCUUGUCUACAUCAUCUGCGGAAUACCAGAGCACCUUUCGCCUGUGUGCUCCAGAACCCCGGGCCAGUGUCAGCCGUACUGCACUGCGCAGUCUGAGCACGCACAAGGGCUUCAAUGAGAAGUUAUGCUAUGGCGAUGUCACCCUCAACUUCAUCUACCUGGGUGAGGGUGAAAUAGACAUGCCUAGUGGACUUAGCGAGCGGGAGGGGAGCAUACAUGAUGAGGAAGUAAAGGAACGGGAAAGAGAAAAGGAGCAGGUGCCCACAGUAACCCGGGAUGACCUAGGUUACAACUCCAUGCAGGUCAGUGAGGUUCGGCACAACUUCCAAGACACACAAUUCCAGAAUCCCACCUGGUGCGACUACUGCAAGAAGAAAGUAUGGACCAAGGCUGCGUCGCAGUGCAUCGUCUGUGCCUAUGUCUGCCACAAGAAGUGCCAGGACAAGUGUCUUGCCGAGCAUCCUUUCUGUUUGGCGAUUGGUGACCGUCGCAGCACAGAUCCUGAAUCCAAGUCCACUAUCAACCGGGCGACCACUGGUCUUACGCGCCACAUCAUCAACACCAGCUCCCGCUUGCUCAACCUCAGGCAAGUACCCAAAGCCAGACUUGCAGAACAAGUGGCAGAGGUUGGACCUGGAGCUGCAGAACCCUCUCCAAAACACACGCCCAACACCUCAGACAAUGAGAGCAGUGACACAGAGACAUAUGCUGGGGCAAGUCCUUCAAAACAACCACCAGGUGGUGGUGGUGGCACAAAACUGGCACGCAAGGAGGGAGGCUUAGAUGAUAGUGUUUUUAUUGCAGUGAAGGAGAUCGGCCGGGACCUGUACCGUGGCCUGCCUACAGACGAGCGUUCACAGAAACUGGAGCUGAUGCUGGAUAAACUCCAGCAGGAGAUCGACCAAGAGCUAGAGCACAACAACUCCUUGAUUUCUGAAGAGAGGGAAGCAACUGAUGCACGGCGCAAGGCCCUUAUCACCUCCGCCCUGGCUAAGUCUGGUGAACGGCUUCAAGCUUUGACUCUGCUAAUGAUCCACUACCGUGCCGGCAUUGAGGACCUGGAGUCCGUUGAGAGCACCUCACCAUCUGAGCAGCAUGGCUUCCCUAAAUCGAAAGCAGGAGGCCUGGAGGAGGACCUGAUGGGUGCAGUGUAUGACAGUGACAUUUGUAGUCCAGUGGAUGUGCAGAUGCUAGAUGAGAUUAGUGAGGAGCAGAUCUGUGUGGAGGCAUUGCCACGUUAAAUGACAAAAGGGCAACAGGGGCUUGAGACUCACAGCAAAACAUUUAAUCACAGAGUUGCUAGAAUUGUCUGAAACAGCCAGCACUGGUAUUAUGUAGAAGUUCCAGAAUUCUCAGAAUAUUUCUCAUUUUGGGAAUUCUUUCUCCUGGCAUUGCUGGUACCAACCUUUCUCCUAAUCCAAGCAGUACAAAUGUGUCAGUACAAAGUUUCAAAAGUCAAACAAGAACAGGAGCUCGUAACAGUAUUAGGAUGAUAAUAGGACCAAUCUAUAUUGCUCUUGUUUUGGACUGUCUUACAGACUAGUAGAAGUAGGUCAGAUGAUCUUGCCUAGGCUGAAAGGGGCAGUAGCAUUUUGCUUGUUAAUCACAGCAGGCUUUGCAAAGGGAGAGCCCAGUUGUAGCAUCUGUUCUUGGAAAAGCUUGAAUUAAAACAGUUCUUGUUUCAUUUAUUCUUGCUGAAACUAACCACAGAUACAAUGUUGCUGUCAGUAGAAGUCAGAUCACUUCAAGGUUUGUUUUGCUGGAGACAUUUGAGACCAUCUGUCUACUUUUGUUGUGAGCUUCAAGCCUUUUUGCCUUAGACUUUCUGCUGCCGACCAGUAGGAGUAGGGUUAACUACAAAAACCUAAACCGUAAAUCGCGAUCCAGAAUGUGGAGCCUUUCUUCUUUCCUCAAGUCACAUAUUUUUAUUCACCAUCCUCCGCAUGUGAGCACUUUUUAAUCAUUGUAGAUUUUGUUCUUUUGACUCAUUCUGAAUGGUUGAGUCUUAAUUUCUGUUGCUUCCUUUUAAAACGUCUCAAAUAUGUUGAAUUGCAAGGGAAUAAUCAUGGGACGAGUAGUCAUCAGGUUAAGACACCUUUUUGCGGACCACGGUUUGGUUUGUUCAAUAUUGCUCAAGUUUAACUGCAAUGCCAAACAAAUGUGACAAAAUGUUUUUGUGUGUGUGUCACCAUUGUUUUCAUUUUUGUUUUGUUGGAGGGAUAUUCCUAUUAUGUAAGUAUGUGUGUAUUAUGGUUAUGGUAUACCUGCCUCUUCAGUGUCCCCUCAUGUUAAUUUGAGUCUUCAUGAAUUUAAACAUGAUGACAAACUUUCUCGGAUACUUGAGAUAAAAGUUCCUUGAAUCCUUAACUUACUAAAUUAUGCAAUUUGGCAUUUGCCAUUUCGGUUUAUUUGAUCAACUGGUUGCUUUUACAUGGGUGUUAUGUUACAUUUUAUUUUUUAAUGACUUUUCUUUCUGAGGAUAUUUGUGUUUUAUUUUUAUUCAUUUGUUGAGUGUUAAUAUGAUUUAGCACCCAUGUUUUGCUUCUCUUUGCCUUUCAAAGCCAGUUUCAUAAUAUACUAAUGAAUGUACUUCCCAAACAACUCAACUUAAUGCUAUCAGUGCAGAGAAUCUUUGGAGUUGACAAACUUUGCUCUACAGUUCAAUGAUGUCAUGCGACCCAAGUAGUCAGAACACACUGAAUGUCCCUUGGCCCCAAAAGCCUAAAGCUGUAGUGCUGGUAGUUAAUUAUUAGCUUUCUCCCAUAGGUUGAAACUGUAUUUAGCAAACCCAGUGUGUCAUGCUGUACCUGCUGUAGCGCUGGGCCAAGCAGUGUCCUACUGUAAAAACAGUGCAGUGAGUAAAGGUAUGGUAUGCUAGAAUGGGGGGAAAUUUUCAUAUACAAUCCAAAUAUGCGUGAAAUACCAGCUGCAUAGUGUCCAUGAUAUGUAACAAUAUAUCAGAAAGGUUCUCAGAUUGCAGUUUGACUCUUGGGACACCGGUUGAGGAAGCACACAAGGAUAGGAAAUGCAGUUUUUUUUUUUGUUUUGUUUUUUUAAUUCUGCGUAAUUCAAUUGCUGAGAUAUAAAGUAUGAGUCAUUCAGAGUGGUUUGGUGAUAUGGUUCAUUGUAGAGGCUGUGGUGGUGAUAGGAACCAGGAGUUGCUCUGUGUUCAACACAAAUGUGGCCAUUUUGUUUACCAUCCAAGACCACCAGUGAGCCUACACGUCUUCUGAGUCUUCUUCGCUUUUAUAUGGAAGGAUAAAGAUGGUAAAAUAGUGGCAUGCUUUAAAGAAAUCUGACAAAGUAGCUUCCUUGGGGUCUAUUUUGGCUUACAGUGCCCUCUUCUCAAAACUAUCGUAAAACAUGGUCUGGUUCCUGUCACCACCACUGUAAACAAUUCUAAGUUUCUCUAGAAUGGAGCAUUCACACCAAAGCACUCUGACCGACUUUAUACAUCUUAUCCCUUAAAUUGCGCAUACAUUUUAGAGCUGGGCCUUCUGUAAUACAGAGAGGCCUCUUUACUGCUGUAGGGCCACCCAUUUCUGCUUUUGUGCAAUAUUUUCAUAGGGAAAUCACAGUCCCGGUGAAGCUAGGAGGGAACAUCAUGGUCUGUUCUUUAUCUCUCUGUCUUUAAGAAAUGGUCAGUCCAGACGCUAAGGUGCCCCGUUGUUUAGCCCUGGGCUACGGCAUCAGUGGAAGACUCUCUGAAAAGCUUUUUUUGAGUUUUUUCUUGUUCUUGUUUCUCGUAGCUGCUACUGCUGUAACUGUAACCCUGCGCUCCUUAAACACAACAGAGCCUCUCUCUCUUUCUCUCAAGUUCUCUUUCCUGUCGUCUCACAUUGAUCAACAAAACGUGUCUGCCUCAGCUAGUUUUUGUGGUGAAGCAUUUCUGCAAGAGCCGUCGUUCUCAUCAGAAGCUGAGUCAUGUUUCUUAAGCUGCAUUUAGACAGCCGGCUCUAAUCAGAUUGCUUCUUCUUGCCUGUUCCUUAAACCUGAUUUGAGCGGGUGGUCAAGCUUCCGGAUGCUUCCGGCUGGAAAAAAAGAAAUAUGAGGCUAGUAUGGGGGGAGGGGGGGGGGGCAGCAGGUUUAAUGUGUUUGGACUCUGAGGAACGAGGAGAAACUGAUUUUAGCUAACUGUCUAAAUGUAGCUUUAGCGCUAUUGUAAAUAGCCUGAACAAAGAUGGUUGCUGCAAACUCAACCCACACAACCCCCCCCCCCCACAGUGCUCAGUAUGUUGGUUUAUUUUCGUUGUUGUUAUUGUUGUUGUCGUCUUUGCUUCAUGUAAAUAUUUCUGUUUGUGUUUUAAACAUGGUUAAGGACAGCUGCUGAAGUACUGCACAGCUUUGUAACAUGCUGCAGGAACUUUACACACUGACAUAUCAUAUUUGCUUAUGCACUUGAGAUACAAAAUAAAUUAUUAAAAUAAUUAUUAAAA